UUUUUGGAAAAUGGAAAAUUUUCUUACAGCACGUCUAGAGAUUGGAAUAUCUUUAUCCAAGUAAUACUUUUAGUAGUAAUUCAAAGAUUCAAUUUUCAUCAUCAAAUUUUAACUGAUUUUGGGACAUUAGACCAAUCUAUUGGAUUUUGCCUAGGGGAUGCUGUUAACCUGAGUGGAAACGCUGUGUUUAAUUCAAGAAAAGAAAGUGGCCAACCAGUUCCUUCUGAUCACAACCAUUUUGGCACUUUGGAUAAGACUCCAACUUCAUUUACUAUAAAUCCAUCUGCCACCCAAGUUGAAUCCAAGAGAUUGCAAUUAGCAAAAGGUCCACAAAGAAAUCUGGUCUCCCUAUCUAGUGGUUUUACAGAAAACUGCAGAGAAUCCAAUAUGGCUGAUGGUAGUCCGAAGACUGAUAUCUCAACAGAUGCGGACACAGAUGAAAAAAGUCCAAGGUUUGAUACAGGAAAAUCUAAUGCUGUUGCAGCUUCUGAUUCUAGUGACAGAUCAAAAAGUAAUUUGGAUCAAAAGACUCUUCGUAGACUUGCUCAAAAUCGUGAGGCUGCGAGAAAAAGCCGAUUUAGAAAGAAAGUAUAUGUGCAACAGCUGGAAAGUAGUCGUUUGAAGUUAACACAAUUAGAGCAGGAGCUCCAGCGGGCACGGCAGCAGGGUAUCUUCAUAUCAAGCUCAGGAGAUCAAAGUCAUGCAAUGGGUGGAAAUGGUGCCAUGGCAUUUGAUGUAGAAUAUGCACGGUGGUUGGAAGAGCAAAAUCGACAAAUUAAUGAGCUGAGAACAGCAGUAAAUUCCCAUGCAAGUGAAUCGGAACUUCGUAUUAUUGUUGAUGGCGUAAUGGCUCACUAUGAUGAAAUUUUCAGAUUGAAGAGCAAUGCAGCUAAGGCUGAUGUUUUCCAUUUGUUAUCAGGCAUGUGGAAAACACCUGCUGAGAGGUGUUUCUUGUGGCUUGGUGGUUUCCGUUCAUCUGAGCUUCUAAAGCUUCUUGUAAACCAAUUGGAGCCUUUGACAGAGCAACAGUUGGUGGGAAUUGGCAACUUACAGCAAUCCUCCCAGCAGGCUGAAGAUGCAUUAUCUCAAGGGAUGGAGGCAUUGCAGCAGUCUCUGGCUGAGACAUUGUCCACUGGAUCUUUAGGCUCGACUGGAUCAUCUAGGAAUGUGGCAAACUACAUGGGUCAAAUGGCCAUGGCCAUGGGGAAGCUAGGGACACUUGAGGGGUUUAUCCGUCAGGCUGACAACCUACGGCAUCAAACACUACAACAAAUGCUUCGGAUAUUGACAUCCCACCAGUCAGCUCGUGCACUGCUUGCAAUACAUGAUUACUUCUCCAGAUUACGGGCUCUUAGUUCCCUCUGGCUCGCCCGACCAAGAGAGUGAAAAGGUCCUGUUUCUUACUGGUUUGAUUUGUUAACUGAUAUAGGUCCUGCUGGAAAAUUAUCAACUCUGGAAUAACUUUUUGGAUCCAGCACUAGAUAACAUUCGAUCUUGUCAUUAAACCAUAUAAUAAUUUUUAAAUUUCUCAUGCUUUAGUUUCAGUAAUCCUUGUGAUCAUGUAUGUCAAGGUGUUUAGUCUUGUCUUGCCUGUUGUCAAAUGAUUACAGAAUUUGAGCAUUUUCUCAAAAGUAAAAUUUUAGUUAUAUUUGUCCUUUACAUCUUUGAAAAAGCAUUCUUACUGC